UCUCUGUCAAACAUCCGAAUAUGUGAAGAUGACGGCAUAGAUAAUUGCUCUGAUGUCAAACUACGUUUCAAUGUCCGGUCGUAACAAACUCUCAUAGGAUCCUGUGUUGUUUGCUUAUGUGAUUACCGAUCUCUUGCAUAUCAAAAGAGGUCCGACAAGUGUAUUUAAGUCAACUAAGACACUACCUACCUAAACAUAAGUCGCUCAAAACAUUAAACCUCAAACUUCAACCCUCAUCAUCCAACAGUCCAAAAUACCUAUCAAAUCUCCAAAACCUCAUAAUAACUAGUCCUAUCCAUCAAAAUGUCAUCUGCAUCAAACGAAGGCCGUCAAUCACCUCCCCCUGAGCGCCAGUCUGGCGCUCAGCUCAAAGAUACACCUGCCUCUGGCCAAGGUACUGAUGAAGCACCCAACAAGAAAGAAUCUAUGCAGGAUCAACUUAAGAACUUGACUUCGAACCCUAGAGGACCCCUCGAAGAUUCGGUGGAAGAGAAAUUCACCAAAUCUGCGAAACCGUCAUCGUAAACAAUUGGUGUUGCUGUAUGUAUGGUUAGAGGGUUAUUAGAAAAGCAACAUAUUUAUUUUCAAGGAAGCAAAGGGUUAGGUACGAUACAAUCAGGCGUCUAUGUCUAGCCAACUCGCGAUUAGACAGAUAAAUUCAUCCUGAGCAAUUAUUGUUAUCAGGCACCACUACUCUAGCUUUUGUGUCUAGGUAUUUUAUUUUGAUAUUAUUAUUCGCGCUUCGUGAAAGUUAUAAAUGGUUGUAGGGAUCAUAUUGUGUAGUAGAAACAAUGUCAUAUCGCCCAUGCAACAACGUCGACGCUGACGUACUUGACGACAUUUUUAGCCUUGUCGUAACGGUCAAUAUCGAUGCCUAAAAUCCGUUCACUGUUGUCGCAGAUCGCCCCUAAGAGCAGGGCCUCAUAUCACAAUAAUUUCAUUUCAAGAGAUGGAAGUAUC